AUGGGCGCGCUCGUUCGAAGGACGAUGAGGCAGGGGCUGAUCCCGACCGUUGUUGCUAGCUCGAAGGCCACAACUGUCGCGGACGCUUUUGCUACUGAGACUUGCGGAUCCUCGUCUUUCCGCUUCGGGACAUUUGACUGCGCAGUUCUGCCUCUAGAGGGUGUCCGUCAUGAUGGACAGUACGUUAUGGUAAAGCUCAAUAAUGGUGAUGCUGUAGGCCGGCUGUCCGAAGACGCAGGCGCGCCGCACAGCCUUGCCCUAAUCACACUACUAGAAAUCGCGCUCAUCUCAGCGUGCAAGUAUGUUGAGAUGACCUACUGGCCUGUCUCGUUGGUAUCGGACGCAUGGAUCCGGAUAACGCCUAAAGGGCCCGACUCGUCGAGUCACGACAAAUCGGCGAUGGAUGACUCUACAGACUUCGUGGACAGUAUCAUGUUCGACUGGUCCUUAGGUGUUGUCGUCACCGGGCGAAUCACGUCCGCAGUAGAUCAUAUCCGCAACGGCUUGAAGGAGAGCGACACAUUCGUGCAACAUGCCGAGUCCAUUGGUAGCAAACUGCAUAGCAAACUCGAUACCCACGUUGAGACGGUUCCGCUGAUAGAUUAUCUUUUCCGCUAUGAUGUCGGCCCUGUAGCGCGAGGAAAAAGACGCUCUGGCGGCCGCAGAGACAGCUUCGUCACCCAAGACUGCACUGGGGCCGUGCAAGACGUCAUUUUGUCCACCCAAUCUGAGAUAAGGGAGGCAGUAAGCUCCCACUGGUGCGAGUCCACUGUGCCCAUCAGCAUGGCUCGAGUCGAGCCGCAUAGCACAUUUAGUAGGCGUAGACCUAGCGUGCGGUCCACUUUGGAUGGUGUUCGGUGGCAUGUCCGAGCGGUCGGAUGUGAACGUAAGAAAAAGCAAUUGAGCGGCCUGGUCAACUAUACAGCCUGA